AUGGCACCUCUAAAAGUGUCAGCCGACGUUGUCGAAUCUGAGAGAGCUCCGGAGGUUUCAACUCCAUUUCUUCCAGAUGCAGAAACCAAGUAUCCCACAACAUUAAGGCGAAUUCGCGACUCAUCUCGAAACAUCGCAUGCCUCUUCAAACAAGCAUUUCAGCAAGCAUGGCGCGACCUUCGAGAUGCGAGACCGAAAAAGUGGUACACUCUGCGGUGGCUAGCAUUUCUCUCCGUCCUGUGGAGUUGCGCGUUGAUUGUUCUCAUCGUUUGCUUCGCUCUGCUCUCUGCAGGCAAGUUUCGCUUCGAGGACAGCUCAUGCCACCCAGAUGGCGAGUUUAGCCCUUUUCGAAACAGCUUCAAUUGGUGGGCGCUUAAGGGGACGUUUCAGAUCACAUUGAAGGUCGGGAAUUUUGAUUUUGCGACGGCCAAGAUUAUCGACGUGAUAUGGGAUCUCGUGGUUGGUCGAGGAGGGCAGACAAUACUGGCUUUGAUAUCAUGGCGGGCAUUCGCCGACUACCUUGCCGUUUCCAUCAUAACCAAGCCUGCUACCUACACGACUGUGUGGCUUCUAAGAUUUCAGACAGACCCAUCCUUUGUCUCCAUCAUGAGUCUCUUACAUCAAUUUGUCUUCCGACGGGGCUUGGCUUCGAGAGCUGCUAUGUCCUUCAUGGUCGCAGCGGCUCUGCUGAUCUUAGCUUUCCCCACCGUUGCCAGUUCAAUGACUGGAUACACGACCGUCAAUAAAGCUUACAUCGAGAUGCCAGAGACAGGUCUCAUUGAGUUUUCAGCAACGUAUCCAGUGGCAUAUGUCAUCCACGAUGGUUCAAGGAUUGGCCUACACGACGAAUACCUGGUGCGCCUGGGGGACUAUUCUUCUGGUGACCCGAUGAUAGAUGAUGAGUCAUAUCUUCCAGAGUUCUAUUGUCGAAACUGGGAAACAAAAGAAAAGGCAGGACGGGGGUGUUCACUACAAUACGACGUUGCAAACCAUGUUCAAGAAUAUAGAUGGUCGGCAACGAGCAAUAAAGAUGACCGAAUCAACGCCACCUUCAACAGCACGUUAAAACUUCGAGACGGACCACUCAACAUAUCGCCCUAUUACAUACCCUACUCCCUCAUGUUUUACUACAACUGGUCUGACCCUUACAACCUCACUGAGGGAAGAGACUCGAAGGCGUCAAUUAGCCAGGCAAAGGACAAGAAAAAGCUUGUGUACGAUGUUUCAGGGAAACCGUUUAAUCUCACGGAACUGGAGAAAGCGGGAAACUGUUCACCAGUUCCAGACAGAUUCCAAUGGGGUUUCUCGUUCCUGCAAGUCCUUGCUCUGUCGAUAUUUCUCCUACUCUGGACCUUUGGCAUCGCCAUCAUGUGGACGAAAGCCUACAUGACGCUGAAGUUGAACGGGUGCUCUACACAUUCAGCAGGAUGGAAGUCGCUUCUCGAAUAUGCGAGCGCCAUAGAAGCCGAACUCAAAGAAGCUGGUAUUGACCACAGGACUCUCGACGAUGACCAACUUGACGAGAAGAUUCAAUCCGUCCUUCAUGGUGGGUCGAUCUCGUCUUCGGAUAUUCUCCCCAAAGGGAUCUACAGCCUACGGCACGACGCAGGCCAGGGCAUAUUUGCUUUCUUGCCUCAUGUUGCGCAAUGGAUAGGAAGAGAAAAGUGGUGGUUCCUCGCUCUCAUCUUUUGGCUCCCGACCUGCCUCGUCAGGACAAAGUACAAGUCCUCUCCUGAUGAAGCGGCGUCGAUGGGCAUCUACGGAGCGUUCAUGGCUGCGUUUGGGGCAGUGGUCGCUUCUAGUGCAGGUGUCAACAUGAAGCAGAGAUUGGUGCUCUUCUUGUGUUUUGGACUGACUGCUGUCUUGUUUUAUGUCGCUGUUUACUUGCUUUGCAUGAUUCCUGGUGUUCUGCUUGGGGCUCGAGCGGCGCAGUUUGGGUCAAAGACGGGGAGCAAGAUUGUCUUGUUCUCGUUACCGUUCAUUUUCAACCUUAUCAUAACUGUAGUGUGUUUUCUUCCUUAA